AUGAGCCAGGCCCGUCGCUCUAGCUUCGGUAUGCUUCUCAGACGCUCCAAGUCCGGCGACUUGGGAAAGGGUGGUAAGAAGGCCCAAGCCCAACGCGAACAGCAGGAACGCGAGGUCGAACGCCAGCGCCAAGCUGCCGUUUCCAAGAACCCUCCCAAGCUCCCCGAGUUCUACAAGGUCAAUGACCAGCUCUCCAACUCCAUCCCCUCCGACCUUCGCGCCGAGGAAGCCUCCAUCAUGUCCGACCACACCAUAGGCACCGCCUAUUCCACUCGCCCUUCCAUGGAGCCCGGUCGCAGUGGUGUGGGCUUCGUCCCUCCCAUUCCUCCCAUCCCGGCCAACGCCUAUGAUCCCUAUGCUCGCACAGAGAGCAUGACGCACCGCGGUCGGUACAGCUACGCUAGCAGCGCCAUCAGCACGGUGAACAGCCCUAGAAGGGUUCGGAGAAGAAAGGAUCCCACUCCAUUCAACAUCCUCGUCAUUGGCACCCGUGGCGCUGGCAAGACUUCCUUUCUCGAAUUCCUCAAGACCGCCCUGGCACUCCCGCCGAAAAAGCGAUCCCGCCGAACCGAGGCAGAGGAAGACAGCAGCCCCCGGCCGCCUCCUUCUGGCAACUUCAUCCCCCACUAUCUUGAGACCGAGAUUGAUAGCGAGCGAGUCGGCCUUACAAUCUGGGAUUCGGAAGGCCUGGAGAAGAACGUUGUCGAUCUCCAGCUUAGGGAGAUGUCGGCCUUCCUGGAAAGCAAGUUUGAGGAGACUUUCACCGAGGAGAUGAAGGUGAUCCGAUCGCCUGGUGUACAGGAUACCCACAUCCACGCCGUCUUCAUGGUUCUCGACCCCGCCCGCCUCGACCGCAACCUCGCGUCGGUGAGAAGCGGUGUGUCGAAUGGUCACAACGGCAAGUACGCGCCUCCCGCUCGCAUCCAGGGUGGUUUAGACGAGGAUCUGGACCUCCAAGUCCUCCGUACUCUGCAGGGCAAGACGACGGUCAUUCCUGUCAUCUCCAAAUCCGAUACAAUUACGACCAAGCACAUGAACGUCCUCAAGAAGACUGUUUGGGAAACCAUCAAGAAAUCGGGCCUGGACCCUCUCGAGGCUCUGGGCGUCGACGAGGAUGAUGACUCCACCAAAAUCGAGGAGGAAGAUGAGAUCGCAUCGGAAAAUGAACAGGCCGUGUCUCACGAUGAGGAUGACUUCCCUUUUCAAGACCGUGAGCGUGCACCCUCUUCGCCAGGCUCAAAACGACUUUCCAGCUCGUCCAUCCGUCAACACAAGGCGAAUCAAGGGGCAAAGGCCGAGGAGAUACCGUUCCUUCCUCUCUCCGUCAUCAGCCCGGAUCUGUACGAACCCGAGGUCUUGGGACGGCAAUUUCCCUGGGGCUUUGCCGACCCCUACAACAAGGAGCACUGCGACUUCACCAGACUCAAGGACGCCGUCUUCAGCGAGUGGAGAGCUGAACUCCGUGAGGCCAGCAGGGAGCAGUGGUACGAGGGUUGGCGCACGUCGCGACUUAAGAACAACCCGAAUGCCCGUCGACGAUAG